GCAGGACAGUCGGCAGAUCCAUCCAUCCCCAGCGCACGUGAAAGAAUCGUCACAUAACCCCGAAACAAUGAUUAAUGAUUUGAAAAACAACAUUAGCCUCCGUAUUCACCUCUGACAAGCCAACGUUUUCGGUGUUAUGUGGCCCCCACUUCACCGUUGGCCACACAUGCAAUGCGCAUAUGUCUCAAUCAGCAGUUUGUCUUGUUGCUUCGCUCAUGAAUUCAAUUCGAUACAACCUGUUGUUGGGAGCUAGGUUCAGUAAAGCAUAGAAAAACCCCGUGUCAAACACCCCAGAUGGAAGUAGCAGAAACAACGUAGGAAGAUACCGGACCUUCUGUACAAUAGAACAGAGGCUUUUAAGAUUCGCGGACGCAUCGGACUUUUCAACUCUUCUUGUUCAGAGAGCAUCCGUAUCGUCGCCUUCUUCUAUGCACCCUCAAAACUAGCAGUGAAGUUGAAUGAAGAUUCCUAGGUUCUCUAUCUCCUUGGCUCUUGCUAGAGAUUUAAACAAGACACCGCCAAAAACACCACCUCAAGAUCAGAAGCACAAAGCAGAGGCAAUGGAGAGUACCAUGGGCUCGCACAGAAAUCAAAUGCGAACAUCAUUUAGCCCGAAGAAAAAUUCAAUCACACUCCAGAACCUAUUUGAGCAGGAUAAACCAGCUUUGCCCAACUGCAUUGGCGUCGCGUCUUCUCCGAAUUCAGGAAACGAAGAGAUUCUGUGUGUUAUUUCAUGCUGCUCCUCUGAGUCAGCCUUCAACGAUCCUUCAGGGUCUCCGUCACGGCAAGACUUCAAGCGCCUCCAGCUCGGCAAGCUUCUCCCUAUCAUCAAGUCAUUCAAGAAGCCGCUUCCAACGACAAUUCUGGAGCCCCUAGUUUCAAUGAUCUCUCUCAAUCUAUUCCGACCACUCCCUCAUCGGGCAAAUCCCUCCACUGUCGCAGACUGUCCUGACGACGAAGAUACCAUCUCCGCAUUUUCACCCAUAUGGUCACAUCUCGAAAUCGUAUACGAAAUUCUGCUCAGGCUUGUUAUGGUCGCAGACCCAGAAGUCCUGAGGGAGUAUAUAGAUCAUCCGUUCCUUCUCAAGGUCUUAGCUUUGUUCCAGUCUGAGGAUCCAAGGGAACGGGAGAGCUUGAAGAACGUGUACCACAAAAUAUAUUCCAAGUUCACUUGCGAGCGUUCCUUCAUCAGGAAAUCGAUGAGCGACGUCCUGUUGAACUACGCAUUCGAGACGGAGAAGCAUGCAGGUAUAGCAGAGUUGCUGGAGAUAUGGGGGACAAUAAUUAAUGGAUUCACGGUGCCGCUGAAGGAAGAGCACAAGUUGUUCCUGAUGAGAGUUCUGAUUCCUCUGCACAAGACGAAAGGGCUGCCAAUGUACCACAGGCAAUUGGCUUAUUGUGUGUCACAGUUUGUGCAGAAGGAUCCUAUGCUCGGAGGGAUUGUUGUUAGAGGGAUUCUGAGAUACUGGCCCGUCACAAACUGCCAGAAGGAGGUUUUGCUGAUUGGGCAGUUGGAAGAGCUGGUGGAGAAUCUGGAACCUGAUCACUAUCGAAAGCUGGCUCUGUCCCUAUGUGCCCACAUCACCAAAUGCAUCAACAGCUGGAAUUCCCAGGUAGCAGAGCGAGCGCUGUAUGUAUGGAACAACGAGCAGUUCGUGAGGAUGGCGUCAACGGCGAUGGUGGAAGUAUUUCCGGUGAUAGUACAAGGGAUGGAGAAUAACCUCAAGUGGCAUUGGAGCAAGAGCGUGAGGCAACUGACAGAGAGUGUCAAGUUAAUGCUGCAAGAAAUGGAUCCGGUUCUGUACUCCAAGGGCCUCCAAGACAUGAAAGCCAGAGAAUUAGAAGCACGCCAACAAGAUUUGAAGAGAAAGCAGAGAUGGCAGACGAUACAUGAAAUGGCAGCAAGAAAGACUCAGUUCCUCAAGCCACCACAGACUCCCUGCGUCUCCCACCGAAGCAACUGUGUUGGCAAUCCUUUUUCCACAUUUUGUUAGUAAUAAUAUGAUCAUAUGGGGGUGAAUGUGCCAAAUUUGCAGACUUGUAUUGAAUCGGCCUAUAAUAAUGAAGAUACCUAGGGAACAAAAAUCAAGCGAGCAUCCGGCCACCCGAAUCCGACCCGACCCGACCUUCUUUUAUCGAAUCCAUUAAUCCCA